AUCACUAACCAGCCAGAGAGCUAGCCGGAGAGCUUGGCAAAAGUGUAGAGGAGCUUCCAACAAACUAGCGGUGGUGGCGGUAGUUUCGUCGUGUUGAAGAGGAAGUGAAUUGGCAAACAUCGACAUCGAGCGUGAAUUUCGAACGUGAAGCAUGACCAGCUGAUGUGGAAUUCGACGACGGAAGGCAGCGGAACGGAUCGAAUUCCUCGAUAGGAUGCCGACUCGGCUCGAAUGGGAGCGAUUGAAUCCGAAUUAUCGCUGGCAACGACAGUGAUCCCCGCAUCGAGCGCUUCCCCACCGGAAAAAGCCGAAAACGAGGAACGUAGAAUUUUUUUCUAAGUCAUGUUCAACUCGAAGAAAUGGACGGUGCCGGACCAGGCGGAAAUGGAUCGGCUGCUGGAAGAUCUCUACCCGAACGGAGCGCCCGACCGCCGUCAAUAUUUCACAGACUCGAAGAGCAAGAUGAGACUCCAGUUGGCGUUGGACGGUUGCACGUUCAGCAUGGUGUGGCUGGCGAAGAAAGUGCUCACCGAACACCCGAAAUCCGACGGAAUCGCCAUGGAGCUCGCGUUCCGCUGGCUCCUCAAGGCGGCUCGGGGAGGCGACGAGACAGCGGUCGCCAUGCUCAUAAACGAACGACGCUACUGCCCGCAGAUUCUAGCUCCUUUUGUGGACAAUAUGAUCGAACAAGGCUACUCUAGCCACGAGCUCGCGACAACGUAUUCGCGGCGGAUUGCAUCGCGCUUCAAGAAAAUGUACACGAACGCCGACGAGGACGGGGUGGCCGCGGAAAUCCAGAAACUGAUUUCGGGCGACGCACCGAAAUGCGAAUCGUUGUUCUCGCAGUGUUUCGAGAACACGUUCGGAGACCUCGUGGCCCUCGCGGUGACCAUCAUGGUCGGCGGUCUGACCGGUUUGAGGUAUCUCUCGGCGUUCGAUCAUCUAUUGAGUCACAAACUGGCACCGAUGAUUGAUGCGUUUUUUGCGUUUCUCUGCACUCUCCUACUAAUUGUCAGCAUAAAAACUUACUCGACGCUGUUCACCUGUGGAAUGUACUCGCAAGUGAUGGCGCUCGAUGCCAAGUAUCGGGACCGUCCGUUGCCUUUCCGGCUGAGGAUUUGGUGGAUAAGGAUCAAACUUCAUCUCCUGUCGCUUUUCUGCGUGACGUCCAUGAUCGUUCUAUCGGUGCUGAGUUUCGCAAAAGUCUCGCUGACCGUAUUCAGCUGCACGACGUAUCUUAUUUCCCUGGUCGACGUAAUUCAACACCUGCACCUGUGGGCCACCAAGUCCCGCGUGCCAGACCAGUAUAUCGGUCGAUAUUCUCUUCUCCUGAAACUCAUUUCGACCGUGUGCAUGUCGUGUCUCUUCUCUCUAACCAAAGCCGAGUGGCAGGACAAUAUCAUUACACUGAGCAUGACUCUCGUCGCGUGCAGCCUCAUUUAUAUCCUGCACGACUGCUCGGUUUUUACGUUCGCCUUCCUCACCUGCGAGUAUUCCCCGAUCCUGCAGGGGCUGUCGAUCCUGAAAACUUUGAUCUUCGUUUUCCACCGACACGUCACGUUUCAUAUUCCCAAGACCAUUAAAAUCCUCCUUGUCUUCCUCAUGACCCUCUACGCGUUCCACAAGGUUCCGCCCGGGAUCCUUUUCACGCCACAGGACACGACGUCGGAGGAAAUUUACAACGCGUGUCGAACGACUCCAUCGCUCGAAGCAAUGGUCGCCUGUAGUCGUCUGGAAGGAAUGCGAAUCUAUGGCACCUGUUACCUGAAUUCGGUCCGGCUCGUGUCCAGGUCGAAUUUGCAGGAAGCCUGCGGUCUGGAGACGUGGUCUCUGGACGACGGCUUCGUUCAGCUGGGAGUUAGCUCCUUUGAGAAAGUCAAAGUGGAAGUUAAACUCAGUACCAGCUAUUUCACCGCUACGGCCACGCUCGAUGAUGACUCAAUGGAUGUUUUGCGGCACCUCAAAGCGAACGAGUACAUCACCAUCGACGGCGUUAUAGAGUCAGCAAGGCAAGGUCCCGAACUGAAUUUGAUGCUUCAUGCCAUCGAGUACAACGGUCGCUAUCUGGAAGUGAAGCGCUUGGGCACGGCUAUCCGUCAUUACUGGAAACAUGUACAUAAUGUCCUCGCCGAGUGGAAGGACAGAACUCGCGAUAUAACCUCGUCGGAACCUGGAGGCAGAUGGACUGUCGAACUGUAAUGCUACACGUACCGAAUCAUUGUAUAUUCAUGUUCUUAUUUGAUGAUAAAAUAUAAGCGUGGUAUGUUCGAUAAGGG